AUGUUCAAGUACAUGUACCGGCGCAUCGCCGUCGCGCCCACAGAGUCCGUCGAUGACUACCUCGGCGUCGUCGUGCCUCUCGAGGAGGCCCAUCUUCACAGCCACUCAGCGCGCACCGGCCGCACCGAGUUUGAGGACCCGCCAUCUCCCGGCGACGACGCUGGCGAUGCGCCAAAGGACAGGGAGGAGAGCGAGGGCAUGCUCGAGAUGAGCGCGGCCGAGUACAGCAUUGAGGGUCUCCGGAGAGAAGUGAGGGCUGGCAAGGGCGACUCUACGGAUUACGAGAUGAGGUCAAAGUUGAUCAACAAGGCCAUCCAGGAUAUUGGCAUGGGCAAAUACAACUGGCAGCUGUUCAUUCUUUGCGGCUUUGGCUGGUUUGCCGAUAACCUUUGGAUGCAAGGCGUUUCUCUGUGUUUGCCAUCACUAUCCGCUGAGUUUGACGUGCCGACCAAGACGGUGCGGUACACGACAAGCUCCGUCUUCAUCGGCCUAUGCUUUGGCAGCUUCAUCUGGGGCAUCGGCUCUGACAUCUUGGGCCGCCGCAUCGCCUUCAACUGUACCCUGCUCAUCACUAGCGUCUUUGGCAUCCUUGUCUCCUUUGCCCCGUCCUGGGGCUGGACCUGCUUCCUCUUUGCCGCUCUUGGCUUCGGCGUCGGCGGCAAUCUCCCUGUCGACGGCGCCCUCUUUCUCGAGUUUCUUCCCGACGCAUCGAGCGCGCUGCUGACUCUUCUCUCUGUAUGGUGGCCCGUCGGCCAGCUCGUAUCCUCGCUCAUUGCCUGGUACUGCAUCGCCAACUGGCCCGCCGAUCAAGGUUGGCGCCUCUUUGUUUUCAUCAUUGGCGUCAUGACGCUGGUCAUGUUUGGUAUCCGCUGCUUCUUGUUCCAUCUCUUUGAGUCGCCCAAAUUCCUCCUGUCCAAGGGCCGCCAAGCCGAGGCCAUUGCCGUCGUCCAUGGCAUCGCUUAUAGGAACGGUGCAAAGACGUGGUUGACGGAAGAGAUUAUGAAUGCCGUCGUCGACGACGUCGCCCAUCCCGAACUCCACGAGGUCCGACCCGCUGGAGUCAGCGUACUGAAGGACAAACUCAGCAAGUUCUCCGGCGACCGAAUCCGGCCCCUCUUCCAGAACAGGACGCUCGGCAUGGCGACCAUGCUCAUCUGGUUCUGCUGGGCCACCAUCGGCCUCGGCUACCCGCUCUUCAACGCCUUCCUCCCCCAGUACCUCUCCGAGCACGGCGAGGACCCCUCGACCGGCGCCGGCGCCAGGGCCGAGGCGCCUGCAGAGGAGGGCACAACCAUCUCGGCCGAGACGUACCGCAACUACGCCAUCACCUCGAUUAUGGGCAUCCCCGGCGCCCUCCUCGCCGCGUACCUUGUCGACCACCAGUCUCCCUGGCUCGGCCGCCGCGGCACCCUCGCCAUAUCGACCUUCGUGUCGGCCAUCUUUCUCUUUCUGUUUGUCGAGUUUGGCACGACGCCCAACGCGAAGCUCUUCUUCUCCUGCGUCGAGGCCUUUGCCCAGAACAUCAUGUACGGCGUCCUGUACGCCUUCACCCCGGAGAUCUUCCCCGCCCCUGUCCGCGGCGCCGGCACCGGCGUAGCGAGCUUCCUGAACCGCGUCACGGGCCUCAUGGCGCCCGUCAUUGCCGCCAACAUUCCCGGCGACGGCACGACGGCGCCCAUCACCAUGUCUGGCGUGCUGAUCCUGCUGGCCUUUGUCGGCAUGUGUCUGAUUCCUAUCGAGACGCGCGGCCGGCAGAGACUGUGA